AUGGAUGCAUCUGUUACAUUUGAAUUCUAUAGUUUUCAAGAACUCAGAAUUGUUUCAAAUUCUGAGUACUGUGACAACAAGGCCCGAACCAAGAAUUUGUCCUGGAAUGUUACAGGAGAUUGUUGUGAAUGGGAUGGUGUUACUUGUGAUGGAUUUACGGGUCAUGUCAUAGGCCUCGAUCUUUCUUCAAGCUGUCUUUGGGGAACCAUCCAUGCUAACAGCAGCCUAAAAAAACUUGGUCAUCUCCAAAGACUCAAUCUUGCCUUCAACAAGUUGGGUGAGUUUCCACUUGGAAAUAACAUUAGUGAACUCAGUAGUUUGACGCAUCUCAAUCUUUCGCAUUCUGGAACUUUGAUGCACAUCCCACAAGUAUUAUCAAACUUGUCUAAAUUGGUUUCACUUGACCUCUCCUGGCAGUUCGAUAUAUUCCAAUUUGGUCAAACAACCUUCACAAGUUUGCUUCAAGACUUAACCAAUUUGGAGGUACUGUUGCUUGACAACGCGUACGCGCCAUUUGAGUUACCUAAGAACCUUUCUUCUUCCCUUAGGUACUUAAAUCUUCAAGGCACAGGCAUUUUUGGGAACCUAAGUGAGUCUCAGAUUUUUCAUCUACCAAACUUGCAAGUGCUGAUAUUGAGAGAGAAUCCGUUAACAGGCACUUUGCCGAAUUUCAAUUGGAGUUUCAGUGGAAGUAUUUUAGAGUUGGAUUUCUCCAACACUGAUAUAUUUGGGAAGGUACCUGAUUCAAUUGGUAAUCUCCAUUCUCUUUUACAUUUGAACAUCUGGUAUUGCAAUUUAUCCGGCUCAAUUCCGGAAUCCAUUGGCAACCUCACUGCAAUCAGAGAGUUGAGACUUACACGUAACAGCUUCACUGGUAAUGUUCUCUCAACUAUCUCAAAAUUAAACAAACUUGUUCAUUUAGAUCUCUCUGACAACCAUUUUCGAGGCUCGAUUCCAGAAUCCUUUGGCAACCUCACUGCAAUCAGAGAGUUGGACCUUUCAGUUAACAGCUUCACCGGAAAUAUUCCCUCACCUAUCCAAAAGCUCAACAAACUUAGCUACUUAUUUCUCUCUUCCAAUAAUUUUGAAGGCUCGAUUCCAGACAUCUUUGGCAACUUUUCAGAGCUAGAUGCUUUAGAUUUUCAAAGUAACAAUUUCACUGGCCCAUUCCCAGAUUCAAUUGCAACGUUGACACGCCUUGAAUUAUUAUACUUGCAAAACAAUUCACUAACUGGACCACUUCCCUCUAAUAUAAGCGGAUUUCAAGAGCUACAAAUACUUGAUUUGUCCUUCAAUUACUUCACUGGCGCAACACCCCCUUGGUUAUUCCAUCUUCCAUCCUUGUUUUCUUUAUAUGUUCAACACAAUCAAUUAACCGGGAAAUUGCCAAAUGAGCUCAAGAGUAAUUAUGUAGAAUACUCUAACAUUGAUCUUUCAUACAACAAGCUGCAAGGUGAAAUCCCCGAUUGGAUGUUUUCUACAAGCAUAGGUAGACUGGAUCUUUCUCAUAACUUCCUCACAGGCUUUGAAAAACAAGUAUGGCACUCAGGGUCCUUACAAUACCUUAAUUUGGAGAACAAUUUUCUUCAAGGGACUUUGCAUCAAUCCUUUUGUGACAUGAUUAACCUUGUAUUCCUCAUUUUGGCUCAGAACAAUUUCAGUGGUUCAAUCCCAGACUGUUUGGUUAGCUCCAAUAGCUUCAUUUCUAUUUUAGACUUGCGAAUGAACAAUUUUCAUGGAGAGAUAUCAAGAUUCUUACCGACAGGGUUACAAUAUCUUGGUUUAUAUGGAUAUCAAUUGAGGGGACAAGUCCCGCAAUCCUUGGUUAACUGUACAAGCUUGGAAGCUCUUGAUUUGGGGAACAACAAGUUAAAUGACACGUUCCCCACAUGGCUGGAGAAACUUCCAAACCUACAAGUUCUGAUUCUGAAAUCAAACCUCUUUCACGGUUCAAUUGGUGAUUUGGAGUCCGAAUUUCCAUUUCCUGAGUUACGGAUCUUUGAACUUUCCUGCAAUGGGUUCACAGGAACUUUGUCAUCUAAUAUUUUCAAAAGUUUUAGAGGUAUGAUGGAUGUGGAUGAAGAAAAAACAGGAAUUACUCGAGCUACUAAUGAGACUCGCACCAAAAAAAAUAAUGCCAUAUUUUCCUAG